UAUAAAAAUGAAUCGCAAAAUUUGGUAAGCGCAUAACUCAACAACGCCUGGACCGAUUUCGCUCAUUCUUUUUUUGUUUGGGUCGUAAUUGUCAGGAGAAGGUUCUUACGGACGAAAAAUUUGAGAAAGUUAUCGGAUUAGAGAAAUAUGACGAGGUGGUGAUGAAAUUACAGAGGCGCCAUCUAUCCAGCAAAUAGUCAACUAAAUUAUUUUUGGUAGUCAAUGGCAACCAUUUAAAUAAAAUAAAUCAUUUAUUUAAAAUGUUUUUAAAAAUGCAUGCAAAUAGACAUACAAACAACGCAAAUGUUCGCAAAUGUUCGUUGAAGUCCAAGGAUGGUUUUUACGGCUAGAAAAAUUAGAAUUAUUGCUGGAAAAACCCUAAAAAUAGCCCUUUUCUUUUUAAAAUAGCCCUUCCUAUAAUAUUUAUAAUAUAAUACUGAUCGUAUCCAUGGCAACCAACAAUCGUGUUUUGUGCAGAGUGUUUAGUUAGUUAGUGUUUGUUUAGUUCGUGAUUAGUGAAAAAAUAAUUUAUAUUUGAUAUGCCUCCUAUAAGACGAAGCAAUUUAGGUAGAAGAACCAGAAAUGCUACAAACCAAGCUAAUUACCGAUCUAAUUCACAAACGCGUGAAGCGCGAGCAAGUUUGAAUCGAGCUGCUUUUAGUUACGAUGUGUCAAUUGACUACAGUAACUACCAAUGUGUUGUUAUUGGUUCUAUGAACUCGGUUUGCUCACACUGUAAGGCAUUAAAAUACAAAAACGAAGCCAAUGGAUUGUGUUGCGCAAAUGGUAAAGUGAAAUUGAUACCAUUGGAUCCACCACCAGAACCAUUGUACUCAUUGGUUUCAGGAAUAGGAACAGAUUCUAUACACUUUUUGACAAAUAUCCAACAAUAUAACAAUUGCUUUCAAAUGACUUCAUUUGGGGCAACAAAUGUAGUUCGGGAAAAUUUUAUGCCAACUUUCAAGAUACAAGGGCAAAUAUAUCACAGAGCAGGUUCACUGUUACCAGUGUCAGAUAGCGACAAAAAUUCCUGCAAAUUUAUUUUAUGGGCAAUUCACCACAAGAAAUUGAUCUGCGUUGUGCACAUAACAAUUUAGUAAAGAGGUCUAUUGUAGAACAAUUACAAACUUUAUUUCAUCAGCACAAUCAAUUGAUUAUAUUGUUUAAAACUGCCCUGGAUCUGAUGCCAUCCGAUAAUCACAAAAUUGUAAUCAGAGCUGAUAAAACACCUGCAGGUCAACAUACAAGACGUUUUAAUGCACCAACUAUUGAUGAAGUUGCUAUCGUUGUAGUUGGAGAAAACUUGGAAUCCCGUGAUAUUGUUUUACGUCGUCGGAAUGAUCAAUUACAACGUAUAAAGGAAACACACCGCUCAUAUGAUGCACUGCAAUAUCCCAUUAUAUUUUGGCAAGGUGAAGAUGGCUACGAUUUCUCAAUAAAAAUGAUAAAUCCCAUUGCAGGUUCUGAAACCAACAAAAAAGUCAGUUCAAUGAACUAUUAUUCAUACCGCCUAAUGAUUCGGGAAAAUGAAGAUAAUCACAUAUUGAAAUGUCGGCGAUUAUAUCACAAAUAUGUUGUUGACAUGUAUGUUAAAAUUGAAACGGAAAGAUUAACAUUCAUCAGGUUGAAUCAAACCAAACUCCGAUCUGAAGAGUAUAUUCACCUUCGAGAUGCGAUUAAUACUGAUGGAAAUGCACAGAAUGUCGGUCGGAUGACUAUUCUUCCAGCAACAUACAUCGGAAGCCCUCGGCAUAUGCACGAAUAUGCUCAAGAUGCCAUGUCGUAUGUUCGUCAUUAUGGUACAGCAGAUUUGUUCAUCACAUUUACAUGCAAUCCGCAAUGGAUAGAAAUCAAUCAGGAGUUAUUCUCUGGGCAAUCACCCAUUGAUCGUCAUGAUAUUACAGCCAGAGUCUUUAGACAAAAGUUGAAAUCUUUAAUGGAUUUCAUCGUAAAACAUAAUGUGUUUGGUGAGACACGCUGCUGGAUGUAUUCUGUGGAGUGGCAGAAACGAGGAUUGCCACAUGCACACAUUUUGAUUUGGUUGGUUGAAAAUAUAAGGCCAAAUGAAGUUGAUGCAGUGAUAUCAGCUGAAAUCCCUAAUGUACAAGUAGAUCCUGGAUUGCAUGAGGUAGUUAUCAAAAACAUGAUACAUGGUCCCUGUGGAACUCUUAAUCAAAAUUCACCGUGUAUGAUGGAUGGUAAAUGUUCAAAACGAUAUCCACGGACAUUAAUAUCGGAAACAAUUACUGGUAAUGACGGUUAUCCAUUGUAUCGUCGCAGAUCGACAGCAGACAAUGGAAAAUCAACAAUUGUCAAAUUAAAUCAACAAGAUAUUGAAAUAGAUAAUCGUUGGAUUGUUCCAUAUUCACCCAUUUUAUCAAAGACAUUCAAAGCACACAUCAACGUUGAAUCUUGCCAUUCAGUGAAAUCUAUUAAAUACAUUUGCAAAUAUGUAGCCAAAGGGAGUGAUAUGGCUGUGAUUGGAAUUGGUGCAGAGAAUUCCAAUGAUGAAGUUACCCAAUACCAAAUGGGCCGCUAUGUCAGUAGUAAUGAAGCAGUUUGGCGAAUAUUUUCUUUUCCUAUUCAUGAGAGACACCCUUCUGUUGUUCACUUAGCUGUGCAUUUAGAAAAUGGACAAAGAGUGUAUUUUACAGCACAGAACGCAGUACAAAGAGCUGCUCAGCCACCAUCUACUACAUUAACCAGUUUUUUUGAGACAUGCCAAAACGAUGAUUUCGCACAAACAUUGCUAUAUUCUAAAAUGCCAAAAUAUUAUACCUGGAAUCAAUCCUCAAGGAGAUUUAUACGACGGAAACAAGGAAAACCAGUUCCAGGAUAUACAGAUGUAUAUUCCACCGAUGCGAUUGGCCGGAUUUAUUCAGUACAUCCAAGCAAUGAUGAAUGUUUUUACUUACGACUGCUAUUAGUCAAUGUACGUGGCCCAACAUCAUUCCAACAGUUACGAACUGUUGAUGGUGAAUUGUGUGUAUCCUACAGAGAAGCCUGUCAACGUUUGCAAUUGCUUGAAAAUGACGCUCAUUGGGAUCAAACUCUCAAUGAUGCUGUAAUAUCAUCACACGCUCAUCAAAUACGAACAUUGUUUUCUAUAAUCAUAUCUACAUGCUUCCCAUCAAACCCAAUUGAUUUGUGGAUCAAGUACAAAGAUUAUAUGUGUGAUGAUAUUUUGUAUCAAAUACAGAAUAGAAUGGGAAAUCCAAAUAUACAAAUCAGUGAAGAAAUUUACAAUGAAGCAUUGAUUUCAAUUGAGGACAUGUGCUUGAUAAUGUCAAACAAACUAUUAAUUCAAUUAGGCCUGACCGCGCCCAAUCGUCCAAUGCAUGACGCUUUUAACCAAGAGUUGCAUCGAGAAAGACUGUAUGAUCUCAACGAUUUGAAAGAAUUAAUUCAAACAAAUCUUCCACUGUUAAAUGAACAACAGAAGUAUGUAUUUGAAACUCUUAUGAAAGUAACAAAUGAUGAAACUGGAGGGAUUUACUUCUUAGAUGCACCUGGUGGUACAGGAAAAACUUUUUUGAUUUCAUUAAUAUUAGCAACAAUUCGCUCACAAAAUAAAAUUGCACUUGCACUCGCUUCGUCGGGAAUCGCAGCAACUUUGCUUGAAGGUGGUCGAACAGCCCAUUCAGCACUAAAAUUGCCAUUAAAUAUGCAUAGCAAUGAAACUCCAACCUGCAACGUUUCGAAGAACUCUGCAAUGGCAAAGGUUUUGCAGCAAUGUAAAUUGAUUGUUUGGGAUGAAUGCACGAUGGCACAUAAAAAAUCUUUGGAGGCUUUGGCAGAACCUUAA